GAGUUUAUUACUCUUUGAUGGAAUUUUUUUUCUUCCAUCAAAUAGUAAGUUUUUCCAUGUGAAUCAACGUCAAUCCCUCAAUCUUAAACCUUUCUUUGAAAAGGUUUUAAAUCUCCUCUAUCGACUGAUUUGGAGUUUCUCAUUUUCUCAUUGUUUCCUCAAAUCUAAUUGUUGUGUGGAUUUCUUGACUCAUCAACGGAACCAUGCACCAUUGUUAUAUUAUAUAGAUCCAUUGCUCUUUCUUUAAAAGAAAAAACAUUUAUUUUUUUAUCUUUUACCAAAAAAACAAAACCUCUAUUCUGAAAAUGAUUUCUUGUCUUAAAUGUAUGUAUUGUUUGGUGAAUUUAACGUUGAACUUGGUGUGGAAAAAGACAAUAGGAUACUUUGUUGAAUUCACCCAAAAUGUCAUCUCUCCCUGAAGAACUAUGGAGCAGAAUUCUGGAAAUCGGAAUUGAAAAAAGCAGCUUGAGCUACAAGGAUCUCUGUUGCAUCUCAAUCUCUUGCCACCUCCUUCACCGCCUUUCCUCUGAUGACUCUCUCUGGAACGGCCUUAUCUCCUCCGACUUCCCUUCUUCUUCUGCUUCUUCUUUGGCUUCUUCUUCAAAAUCCCUUUAUAAAUUAAGGUUGGAGAGAGAGAAGGAGCGGCUUAGUCAUAUGGCGAGGAUUACAUAUCAUUACAUAUCUUGCCAUAAUCAAUCUUUUAAUGAUAGACUUUGCAGAUGGAGUAGAAGAGAAAGUAUUACGGUCCAUGAAACAGAAGAAGUAUUGUCUUCAGUUGGGGGUAAAAGAGAGACUACAAAAAUUGCAUGUGUGUACUUUUUUGUUUUGUUGGUAAAGACUUUAGUGUGUGUUCUAUUGAUUGAUAGUAUUGUUGUGAUUUGUUUUUGUAGAGAAGCCUCUGUAGCUUUGAAUGUAUGGCAACCCGAGGUUGUCCGGGGUAGGCAAAAACAGAUGGUGGAACAAUGUGGGAUGGAACACAGGCUCUGUACGCAACGUGUUUUGGGGUUGGAGAAGUCCUAUGUAAGUGUUGAUGUUAUCUAUUACAAAUUUUGGGGUUGGUGAAUUCCCAUGAAAGUUGCUAGUGUUACUUACACUAAAUUGUAUUCAGAGAGAUGAAAAGUGUAGGGCUUGAUAAUGCAAAGGAAGAGUUAGAAUCUUUGAAGUCUCAUCCUCUUCAGAACCAUAAGCCUGUCGGUGGAGGGGAAAAUGAACAUAAGGUCAAGCAGAAGAAGUUGAAAAGCUGCAAUGAUUGUGAGUCUGACGAUAAUUUCUCAAUUUGACCAAAAAGUCAAAAUUAUCUGUCUGUUGCCCAACAUGACUUGUUUUAUCCUCACUACGUUCCAAAUUGUAUGUCAUUUUAGAAAAAAUAUUUGUCCCAAAUUGUAUGUCGC